AGCAACUCGGUAACUGAAGCGAUUACCACAACAGUUGAUAUUUGUGAAAACUAUGAAUAAAGUAAAUGGUUUAAGUCAAUGAUCUUGACAUAGUUCAACAGCAUACUGUAUUCACAAGAACACGGAUUUAAUUAAGACUAACAGGAUGCCCAAAACAAGGAAAUAUAUGUACAAUGUUGAACAGACACACAAUGAGACAAAGGUUCAGGACGGCGCUCAAAAUAAAGCCUUCCAGUCAGAAGCAACGGAGGUGACAUCGCAUACAGACACUGCUGACCGAAACACAGGACAAUUAGGCGCUUCAGUCGACGCUCAAAAUGCCGUGCCUGACAACGCACUCGAUCUUGACUACCUCGAUGAAGGAAAAGAAAAUCUACGUAAAAGAUUUGGCGAUUUUGAGUUUACAAAAGAGGACAGAUAUAAACUUGCUUUCCUUAUACUGUUUCCCGUGACGUGUUUUCUAAUUGCUGUGGUUGUGACGUCACAGUAUGUAUAAUGGUAGAUGGUUUGAUAAUAGUUCACUCACAGAAUCAAGAGUUUACUUUUUGUAUAUACAUGAGUUAUUACACACUGUAUUUGACGUUGUUCUGACAUGAUGCAUCGCCAAUAAAAAGUAAAAGACCACCUGCAACUGUAUCGUGUAUUGUAUAGUUGUACUGUUAACUUGUACUGCAAACUUGUACUGUUGCUUGUAUUGAAAACUUGUAUUGUAAACUUGUAUUUUAAACUUGUACUGCAAAUUUGUAUGUAAACUUGUAUUGCAAACUUGUACUUUUACCUGUACUGUAAACUUGUACAGUUACCUUUACUGUAAACUUGUAUUGUAAACUUGUACUGUAAAUUGUAUUGUAAACUUGUACUGUUAACUAUUGUAAUGUAAACUUGCACUGUAAACUUGUAUUGUAAACUCGUACUGUAAACUUAUACUGUACACUUGUAUUGUAAACCAGCACUGUAAACUUGAACUCUUACUUGUUAAAUCGUUCAUCUAUGUAUGUAAUAAGAUACAUGCAAUAUAUAUGCAUACAAUUUAUUGUAAAUUGAUGCUAAACGCUAGUCAUGGCUGAGUUUAUCAGAAAAGAGCAAAACAGUCUAUUAAGACUUUUACAUGGUGCAUCGUCUU